UCCAUCCGCCUUGUUUUCCCAUCCAAGAUAGUCUACAAAACAGUUCGUCUGCUUAAGAGUGCUGCCACAGUUUCAACCUUAAAGCAACUGUACGGAAUAAAGUACUUAGAGGCGGACUGCCUUCCACGCAGGUUUAUUGUAGACAUUACAGAGGAUGUCAGCAACACCGUCAGGAGCAGCCAGCAGUAUCGUCACCUGUACCUCCCGAUCCUGGAUCUCGCAGCCUGUAUGGUCUUCGUACACGAUGGGAGCUCAGACAGCUGCCAGGAAACUGAGCACGAGCCUAUAGACGUAUAUCGCGUUGCCUUGAAUAUGAACUUGACAACCGAAGCAGAAGUUGGUACGCUGACUGAAAUGAUGGUGUACAAAAACCUGGCUGACAUCAUCCAGUGCGUGCGAGAGUUUGUUGCCGGUUUGAGUCCGAACAUGCUAGUGCGACGAGACCCUGCUGAAGCCCUGCCCUGCGUGCAAGAGCAGAGAACGGGUACCGACUUCCAAACUGUCAGCAUGGUUAACCGCUGGCGUGUGUCCCUCCUACAUCUGCCCACCCUGGCUUCCUGGAGAAACUUUUCUGCGGCCGAAACAACAGCAGGGCUAGAAGACAAACUCGCGUUGGAGUCUCGAACAGAAUCCCCAGUACAGACAGUUGUGCCGUCCAUGGCUGAAGAUAAUGCCACGGAGGGAUUCAGAGACGAAGCAGGGCGUGAUGGGAAGGAUUCUGGAGCCUGCGUCGAUAUGUGCCCCCUCUCUGCCUACUGCACCAUCUGUUAUGAUGACGUCAGCCCUCGGACGGAAGGAGCGCGAGCAACAGCGCUGACGUCCUGUGGACACUGGUUCUGCGACGGCUGCUGGCGAGCGCAUCUGACAUACGCGGCACGUGACGUCAGCCUUCACCUUCGUUGCCCCGAGUUUCGUUGUCAGGCAACAGUGGACGACGGGACGCUGCUGUCGCUUCUGAACGUGGCCGAGGCCCAGAAACUCAAAAGGCAGCGACUAGAACUGGAGGUCAUGAGGUCAGCCCCGACCAAGUGGUGUCCAAACCCUCAGUGCGGCCGACUUAUAUGUUUGGAGUCGAUGGACGCACGAGCUUCGCCGACCGCGAGUCGAGAGCCAAAGAGUUUGAUGUGCACGUGCGGCACGCAGCUGUGCUUCACGUGCCUGAGGGGAGCGCACUGGCCCGCAACCUGCCAAGAGCACGAGGACUAUCUUGCCCUCCUUCCUCCCAUGGUCCAGACCAAGUGGCCCGACGUACCUGACGUCUGGGUGUACGGCAAAAAGUGCCCUCACUGCCACACCUUCUAUGAAAAAAACGGCGGCUGCAAUCAUAUGACGUGCAGGUGUGGUCACGAGUUCUGUUGGUUUUGUCGCGAGACCUUCUUUCUUAGUAACGGUCAGGUUCACGCAUGUACUCGACGUCCAUGUGAUAUACAAGUGAUCAUGAAGAAAAUACGCCACACGGGAGGUCCCAAACCCAAAGUAAUGUCUCGCUGGUGCGCCUUCGCUUUUCGUCACCGCAACGCACAAUUAGCACGACAGUUUCGGCUCACGCACAAAAUGGCGGACGAUCUACGCCGGCGUCUGCAGCACCUGGCCAGCAAGGGGGUGGACAUCGGGGUGCUUGCAUAUGUACCCGAUGCUGGCAAAGUCAGCAGAGGUAGGGGAAAUCAGAUGAAACUUCCACCGGGAUGGUUGUGGCACCAGUCAACGGAUGCAGAUCUCUUAGUGAAAUGAGCACACAAGAACUACAUGACCAUAUUGGCCAUGUAACCCAUGUCAUGGCGAAGCUGAAGCUAGAACUACACCACGUGCUAGAAUAUGCCGGCGUUGCGCUCAACUCUAGAGAACAGGCCAUCAAGGUCGGCGACUCCAACAAGACAGCGGUCAGCCUGUCCUACAGGUUGGAGGAGAUUAUAGAACGGACAGAAAAUGUCAUCUCUGCUCUUGAUUGUUUGAUGCAAACUUCUUGUCCGCGGGAUCUGAGAAAGGUGUUGCCAUGGUUUGGUCGUCUGCACUGCGAAGCGAUAGACUGUAUGGACAACCUAAAGCGCGUUUUAUAUGGUACAGAAUAAACAUUGCAAAAACUCCCUCUCAAGAAUACAAAGAAUUCUGGGAUCUGAUCAUGUAAGAUGAACUGAAAUUCUAAAAUAAAUGUCGAGAGAGAGACGCUUACUGCUGUUAGAGCAAGUUUUUUUUUAUAUAUUUAGAUAACUAUGAUAUAGAAAAGGAAGUUCUUUACACUCUCUCACCUCCAAUCACUUCAAUUCAAAUGUACAUUUCAGAGUGGAGGAACUGUUCACGUCACUUCAACAAAUUUACCUUGCCAAUAUAUCACCUACCUGAAGUUCACCCACUCUCCCCACUUUCUUCUCCGUUGACUAGUUCCUCUUAAAUGACUGAAAUAAAACUUCUCGUAGAAUUUUAUCAUUUGCGUAUUUUAACUUUGCGAGUUAUUAAAAGGCCAUUAAAUGAAAACUCUUUUGUGAGACGAUUAAGUACUUUAUCUCUUUAUCUGAUCAUAUUGACAUCUAGUACAAGCAUGUUUGGAAUUAAAAAGCACUGAAAUAAUACACACAAUUUAUGAUUUAUGAUUACAGUUUAAAAGAAAGAAAUUUAUAUCUUGAUAAAAUUUUAGAGCACAAGAGUUUGCAUCGUUUGCUCUUCCUGAUGUUGAUAGUUAAACUUCCGUCAUUUUCUUGAAAAAAAAAAGUAUUAUUCUGUUAAAUGAUCAUUUUGUGAUAAGCCGCUGAAUAAUAUAUUUUCAUUUUUUGUUGGAAAACAUUUUGGUGUUUUUUGUUUACAAUGAACAUGUAUAUCUUUAUGCCCUUUUGCAUGCACUUUUUCCUAAAGACCAACUGUUACUAUGAGAUUAAAAACUUCCUGA